GUUACAUUAGAAUAGAUGGAAGUGUUCCUUCUUCAGAAAGAGUAUAUCUAGUCAAUCGGUUUCAGAAGGAUCCUGAUACUCGGGUGGCUAUCCUAAGCAUUCAAGCUGCUGGCCAGGGUUUAACUUUUACUGCAGCAUCUCAUGUCAUAUUUGCUGAGUUAUAUUGGGAUCCAGGACACAUAAAGCAAGCAGAAGACCGUGCUCACCGAAUUGGACAGAGUAGUUCUGUAAAUAUCCACUAUCUUAUUGCAAAUGGAACACUGGACUCUCUGAUGUGGGGGAUGUUGAACCGCAAGGCCAUUGUUACUGGUAGCACAUUAAAUGGUAGGAAAGAGAAACUAGAGGUGGAAGAAAGUGACAAAGAAAAAUGGGAUUUCCUGAAAUUUGCUGAAGUUUGGACUCCUAAUGAAAAUUUUGAAGAAAUCAAAAAUGAAGUUCUGUUUACCCAUUUUGAAAAAGAAAAACAGCAUGAUAUUCGAGCCUUCUUUUUACCAAAACAUAAUAAGAAAAGACAUACAAUGGCAUCCUGUGAUGAAUCAUGCAUACUACAGGAAAGAGAUACUGAGAAGGCCUUGGAUUGUAGAAAUAUAGCUGCGAGGGAUGCCAUUGAUUGUGGAUAUGAUUUUGAACCUGCAGCUAAAAAGUGGAAAUCAGUGACUACUCAGAACAAUUCCAGUCAAAAAGAGAAAAGACCAUCCUAUUCUAGUACAGCAAACACUGAAUUUAUAAAAGAAACAAUUCAGAAGACAAAGACUAAUUCAAUCAACAUAUCUCUUCCUAGAAAAACUUGGCAGUGUGGUCUCUGCACCUAUGUUAAUAGUUCAUUAUUGCCUUAUUGUGAAAUAUGUGAGACCCCUCAAAGCAGUGCUGAAAAUCUAAGCAAGCAACAAAUAGAUGAUUUCAUCUGUAUCCAAGAUGGAAAAGGAAAUCAAGUGAAUGAGUCCCCAAAAAGCAGCAUCUUGCAAGUUGAAACCAGCCCUUCUUGUAUGCAGCAAGUCGUUGAACAAUCAACAACAGAACAGUUUGUGGAAAGCCAGGAAGAGAAAGCUAAAAAUGAAAAUGAAGGUGAACUAAAAUCUCAAAAAGGUAAAUGUUUUCAUUUCUGUUUUGGUCUGUAUGAAAACAAAUGUGAGCGCUGUAGCACCCUUGGAAAUGUGGCAUCCAGCCACAAUAAGGAUUACCCAGGAUCUAGCAGCAUCCACAUUAAAAGAUCGAAAGGCCUGGAAUAUGGUGUUAUCAGUCUUCACACUUCUCUGUCAUGCCACAUUUUACUCCUGUUAGAAAAAUUUUCAAAUAUCAUUUACUUUUUCUUUAUAGAACAGAUGGAGAAUUCAGACCCUUUACCUGUAUAUGAUGUCCUAAUGUUCUGUGCAAGUAAGAAUACAGAAAGAAUUCAUCUCUACACUAAGGAUGGUGAACAAAUGAAUUGCAAUUUUAUUCCUUUGGAUGUAAAAUUAGACCUCUGGGAAGAUUUACCAGCUUGUUUUCAAGUGAAACAAAACCGUUCCCUGAUUUUGAAGUUUGUGCGAGAGUGGAAUAGUCUCACAGCCAUGAAGCAAAGAAUUAUCAGGAGAAGUGGCCAUAUCUUUUGUAGCCCUAUUCUGGCUUUGGAUGAGAUAACAAAGCAGCAGACCAAACAAAAUAGUAUCAAAAGAUACAUAACUAAAGAAGAUGUUGCAGCAGCUACUGUGAACAAAGUGCAGAAUGAUGGGGGUAGCAUCCGUGUGAUCACAAAGAAAUCCAGAUUUUCCUCUAAAAAUCAAACGUCUUCUGAUAUAGAAACAUGGGAAACUACUAUAAACCCAGUCCAAGAUGAUCUCAUCAUGCAACCUUCUACAUCUAAAGGAUUUUUGCAGGCUAUAGAUAUUAAAGGAAAUCCACUUUGUCUCCACUGUCAACAGCCUACUUGCAAGUCUGACCAACAGUAUAACACGAGUGCUUGGGAUUCACGGUUUUGUUCUCAGAAAUGUCAGGAAGAAUUUUGGAUUCGAUCAAAUAACAGCUACCUACGUGCUAAAGUAUUUGAAAUUGAGCAUGGUGUGUGUCAGCUCUGUAAUCUGAAUGCUCAGGAACUCUUUCUUUCUCUCAGAGAUGCUCCUAAAAAUCAACGGAAAAAUCUUCUGCAAACCACUUGGAUCUCAAAACUCUCCAUAGAACAGUUAAAUGAGAUGAUGAUAAACCCUGUAGAAGGACACUUCUGGCAGGUGGAUCAUAUCCGACCAGUCUACAGUGGAGGAGGGCAGUGCUCCCUGGAAAACCUUCAGACUCUCUGUACAGUUUGUCACAAAGAGAAAACAGCUAAACAAGCCAAAGAAAGAAGCCAAGCAAAAAGGAAUUCUUCAGCUUCAAAGCAUGGAUCUGAUAUCACCAGAUUUUUCAUAAAGAAGUAAAAUGCAAACAUAUAAAUGAAUCAAAUAUAAAGGAAUGGGAACUUGCAGGUUUUUUUUCAGUUUUCAUAUUUAUUCCUUUUAAAACUUGGAAAAAGUCAAUCAAGAAUUUUCAAGAUUUUCUCUGCUGACAUGAACUGUUUCAAUAUUACAGAGGGUUCACAGCAAUUGUGUCAAGGCAUACUCAAAUGAAGGUAUUUUGCCAUAAGGCCCUGGGACUCAUGGCAGAGAUGGCAUUAUCACAGAGUACUAAAAUCCCAUGAUCUUAGUUUUAUUCAGAACUGCAUCCAUUUUCAGUGAAUUUAACCCUGCUUUUUUCUAUUAGAUCUUAAUUACUGUAUCACACAGAUUUUGUCUUAAAAACAAUAACAACAAAACAAACCUACUUUGUUGUUUUUGAACUGGUGCUAGGAUUAGUGUUGGCCUAGUAGUGUCUGGCUAUCCAAUAGUUUGCAGUCCAAAAUUUUUUUGUUGCUAAUAUCAUGCUUAUUCGAAAAUGCUCAGUUAGUUAUUAAAAUUAUGCUGAGUAUGCAAGAAGAGACCCAUAUUUCUGAAGUGUCUCCAAGCUUGGUUUCUUACAUUAUGCAUUUUGCAGUUUGGUUAGCUUGACUUAUCAACAAUAAAUAUGCUUUUGAAAUUAAGCUAAUGUAAAAUAUAUUUAUGGACAACUUGGUAUUUUUAGGCAGAGCUACUAAUAAAGUUAUUUCAAAAUUGACUUUCCAUUUAAAAAGGAACAUUAUUUUAAGAUUUCAUUUGAUUGGUUUCUGAAAUGUCUAAAAGCAAAAUUAUCAUCAUUGAAAUAAUCUUCAGCAUCAGAUAGAUAAGCUUUUCAUCAUGUUUAAUUAGUUUAAAGUGAGAUUAAAAGAUUAAAGAUAGAGAUUAAAGAGGCAUGACAAGAAUCAUCAGGUCCAACUUAGAAGCUGGAGCUACCUAAAGAAUAACUUUAAAGGAUUCACUUAAAAGAAUACCUUAAAAAUAAAAGAAAAAAAGUAAUGCCUUAAAGGACUUUACUUAAGAGUAGAGAUCUAUUGAAAAACUAUAAAUCUAUUUGGAUAUAUACCAAACUAGCAUAGAGAUUUCCCUUUGCACAUUGUAAAAUAGAUGCCCUUGAUAGAAAGAUGAUACAGAAUAAUGUUUCUUUUGAGAAUUGUGUCACUUGGUAUUCAUUCACUGGUUUAGUUUAGUGUUAUUCUGUAAAGUAGGUUGUGUUACUUUGGGCCUCCUCUCUUUUCUAUACAAGUUGUUGGCAGACUUCUCUCUCUGGAGUUGGCUCACUUGAAGGUUGAUGUAGGAUUUGGCAUAGUUGGUAAUUCAGAAAAAUAAGAGACCAUCAUCAGAGCCCAGCAUACUUUAUUUCCUGUAUCAUAGCAUGGUUGCAAGUUAGAAUUUGGUAAUUAUAGAUCCCACCUGAGUAGUCACUUGCUCCCCGGCUGUAAACUAAAACAUUAAUCAUAAGAAUAUAGAAAUAUGAAUUUAAGAAGUAGAACAGAUUGAGGUGCAGUGAGCCAAGAGCAUCUCCCUUCUAUGGCAGGUUUUUCAAAUGUUGACCAUUCAAAAAGUUUUAAAAAUUCAAUGACAUCAGCAAGUAUCUACCAUGCAAAAUAUUUAGAAGCCAUAUCUUGAGUGAUAAGAGUCGCAUCUUUUUCCAGGAUGAUGUAUUUAACCUUUCUGAAGCAUAAAAUUAAGGUUUUGAGGCAGAGAUCUGAUAUCAAAGACUUCAGACUAAAGAUCUCUGCAAGUGAAUUUUUAGAAAUUGUUCUUUCUCGUGUAUAUGUUAUUUACUUGUUUCAGUUGUGUUCAAAAAUGUUCUUUCUCAAGGGUAUUUGUAAAAUGGAGCUAUCAAUUAAAGAGAGAAAAAUGGAGGCCUGGACCAAAGUACAAGAAAGGUUGCCAACCCAAACAUUGCAGACCUCCAACAACAGUAAUCCAGAGUGAAUCCUCAGAGAAGAAAAGUUGAUACAAUAUAAGAAAUCCAUAGUAAACGAAAACUAAUGAUUAAGAAAAAUGGUUUCUCAAAUCUUAAAGAAAUAGGAAAGUUUUACAGUUCAGGCUGUCUUCCUCAAACCAAAAUAAUGAAUUGGGAAUUUUCAUCCUGAGAAUGAAUCAAAGAUUGGCCAUAUUGAAACCAAGAACUAUAAUUAUGUUGUAUAAUUAUGUUGAAGGAAGCCUUCCUUUACAAAGAAUCUUGGCUCUAGAACUCUUAAAUAUUUUCAUUACUUCAGAAUGAGGUUUAUAUCACAGGAUUUCAGCCAGGCCCAGAUGAGAAAAAUAAAUACCAGGUAUCAGUGUAUCUUUUCUUGCAUUGAGUCGGUUUAUUUUAUAUUUAGGAACACAUAUCUCUAGGCAGACUUUGGUAGCAAAUGAAGAUGCCAUGGCAGACGCAUUCAUUUUGAAAUUAAAAAAAAAAAAACUGACUCAGCAAUCAGUACAAUUAAAUAUGUAUUUCUCAGAUCUUUCUGUUAAUAACAGUCAACUUUUACCACUUCCUCCUCACCCUUUAAAGGUUCGUGGCACAGAUUUUUCCUUUUGUUUCAUGUUAAUAAGUUGAAUUUCUUCAAAUCUUUGCUUGUCAUCUGCUCUCAUUAUUACAUUUAAAAAAUUAUUUUAUAUAUAUAUAUGUAUAAAAUAUUCUGAAUUAAAUAUUAAAGAAAUCAGUGUUCUUAAGCAAUCCUAAAUAAAAUUUAACACUCCUAUUCACUAAUAGAAUAUAAAACUCCUGGUAGCAGACAUCUGAAUCUAUGGAAAUAAUCUCAUUUUCUUUUGCAUGUUAUCAACCUAUCUCUCACUCAGUAUAUUGUUCUUUGGGACAGGAAAUUGCAAACUGCACAGAUCUAUUUAAAUAUUACAACCGCCAGAAAAUACCUUUCACCAUAUCAGUUUUUUAAGUUACUUUAAAUUGUUGAGAAUAUUUUUUUCCACAUUACUCGUGUUCUUAUUUACUAAGAAUCAGUUUUAUCAUCUAUGGCAAAGCAUUCUGGGUUUAGAUUACCCUCCUGUAUUACAUUGUUCUUCUCAUUCUCUGAAGUCAUUGAAUGUAUCUGUGAUGGAUUUUUUUGGUUGUGUAUAAUGAUCAUGUUCCUGUUACUUCCAAUAUGAUGAGAAUUAAUUUCUAAAA